UAGUCAUGUUUGACUAGAAACGCCUUUAUGGUUUGCAAAUGUCCUUUUCUAGUCAUGUUUGACUAGAAACGCCUUUAUGGUUUGCAAAUGUCCUUUUCUAGUCAUGUUUGACUAGAAACGCCUUUAUGGUUUGCAAAUGUCCUUUUCUAGUCAUGUUUGACUAGAAACGCCUUUAUGGUUUGCAAAUUUCCUUUUCUAGUCAUGUUUGGAAACUGCUUAUUAACUGCUUUUCAGCUAUCAGGAACCUUUGGAACAACAAGAUUACAGCACUGGAGAGAUUGAGUCAUCUAACAUUGAGCAAUCCUAUAGAAAUCAGCAGCAGAUCCUGUUAUCUCUUCCUCCUCAUUACAUCAUGAGCAUCGUAUGGCAUUAGGUGUUUGCAAAACCUGGAGCUGGAACUGCGAGGGAGACAAGAGGUUUAUAAAAGCGCAACUAGAGGAGAUGAGGACCAGAACUACUUUGCUUGGGUUGUUCUAGACUCAGGCUAGCUGGCAAGGAAAUAUGGAAGCACUGAAUCCACAUAGUGUCCUGGUGACUGGGUCUAAUCGAGGCAUUGGCUUGGAGCUGGUCAAACAGCUGGCGAGGAAAAGCAACCCACCAGAAUGGAUCUUUGCAACCUGCCGGGAUCCAGAGGGACCACAUGCUCAGGAUUUGAAGAAUUUGGCUGCUAAAUACAAGGAAAUUGUGAUCAUCCCACUGAAUAUUACUGAUCCAUCCAGUAUCAGGUCUGCUGUAACAAUGGUUACGGAGAAGCUGAGUGGAACUGGGUUGAAUCUGCUGAUCAACAAUGCAGGAAUUUCCAAGUUCAGUGCCAAACUAGAAUUUGAAGCACCUGAAGACAUGGCUGAGGUCUACAAAACCAACGUGAUUGGGCCCAUGAUGAUUAGCCAGGCAUUCCUACCUUUGCUGAGGAAGGCAUCUGAGGAGAGUUCUGAGAAAGGGAUGAGCUGCAGCAAAGCCUCCAUUGUCAAUAUGUCCAGUCAUGCAGGCUCCAUCACAGAUGUUUACUUGUGGGAGUUAGCACAGGUUGCUUCUUACCGUUGCAGCAAGACCAGGCCCAGGAAUCACAAAGGCACAACAAAGAACCAAGGCUCACCAAAAUCAAAUGUAGCUGCUCUGAAUAUGCUGACACGGUGCCAGUCGCUGGCAUUUAGCGAAGUUGAGAUUCUGUGUGUCGCAGUGCAUCCUGGAUGGGUGCAGACAACGAUGGGAGGGAGCAUGGCUGAAAUUACAGUAGAUUCAAGCGUGCAAGCAAUCCUAAACCUUCUGGCUCAUCUUUCUGAGAAAGACUCUGGCGCUUUUCUGAAUUGGGAGGGGAAAAUCCUUCCCUGGUGAAAACUUAACAGUCCUGGAGAAACCUCUUACUUGGGGCAAUGUAAAUAUUUGUCUUGUGUUAUUUGUUAAUUGCACUGACCUUUGUGCCCAAAUUGUCCUGGCUAGUUCCUUUUCUUUCUAGAUGCUCUGGUUCACCAGACCCGAAUCACCUCAUUUGUUUGAUAUUUUCAACUGGAAUGGUGGAAGGCUUUGUGGCACUCACCAACUGAGUUUUCAUGAAUCAAUCCAGAUUGCAGAAAGGCACAAACCACAUCUGUGAAAUAAUCCAGGAUACUGAGAGGGGGAGAGUGUCUGAAGCCUGCAGAUGAAAUUGUUAACAACUAAUAAAAGUAGGAAUGUAGCUAU